AGGGAGGAUUACCGCGGCGGGCUGGCUCGGGGGAGGAUAUCGCACCGGUUUCGCCGCCGUGGGUCUGUUUCCAGCGGCGGCAUUAAGCUGGAAGUGGGAGGGGGGAGAGAGAGAGAGAGAGAGAGCCGUGAUGGCAUGUGUAACACCGGACGGUGUCAACGGACAACGGUCAACUUGAGGACAACAAAAACGGGAGCUCCAGUUAGAGAACCGGAGAUUAUGUGCGGUGCUUGUUGUGCUGCUGCUGCGGGGAAAAGUUUACCAGAAGUCGGGAUACACUUACACCAGCUGGGGUAACGUGAAUAUGGCAGAGCGCAGCAGUUCCGAUGUCAACAUCCUCAGCAUCCCGGUGCCCAUCCGUCGCGGCGGCUCAGAGUCCAACCUGGACGUGGUGGACAGCGUUGGAGAUGACGGAGUGGGCCUGGAUUUCACCAAGGGAGCGCUGGGUAUCGACAGCCUGCAGCAGAAGAUCCUCAAGGUGACGGAGCAGAUUAAGGUGGAGCAGACGGCUCGAGACCAGAAUGUCGCCGAGUACCUGAAGCUGGUAAACAAUGCUGACAAGCAGCAGGUGGGGCGAAUACGUCAGGUCUUCGAAAAGAAGAACCAGAAGUCGGCGCACACCAUCGCCCGGCUGCAGAGGAAACUGGAGCAGUACCACCGUCGCGUGAAGGACAGCGAGACUAACGGGAAGCACGGCCACAAGGAUGGCAGCAGCAAGGAGUCUGGGACUCACAGCAAAGAGGGCAGCUUGCGGGACGUCAGCGUCACCGGGAGGCACCCGGCUCUGGAUAAAGUGAAGACAAUCGGUCCCGGUGUGUCGCUCUCACCGCCCUUCUUCUUCAACAAGUCGCGGGAGUUCGCCAACCUCAUCAGGAACAAGUUUGGAAGCGCCGACAACAUCGCACACCUCAAGAGCUCCAUGGAGGCGGGGUCUGGGCUGCAGGUGGACAGCGGGGCGAGGGGCCUGAGCGGGAGCGCCAACACAGUAGCCAAGACGACCAAGUAUCCCAGCGACGACGAGUGCUCCACGGGGACGUCUGCGUCUGCCGACUCAAACGGGAACCCAGCUGGGGGCUCGGGGGCCGGGUCUGGAGGCCCCGGGAGGUCAGACUCCAACGGGCGGCUGGGGGAGGUGCUGGACAUGGUGCGGGAGAUCAGGGAGGCUCAGGCGCAACUGGCAGAGGACAUGGAGACUCUGAAUACACAGUUCAAACGAGAUUACAGCUACUUCUCACAGAUGAUGCAGGAGGAGAGAUACAGGUAUGAACGGUUGGAGGACCAGUUAAAUGACCUGACAGAGCUCCACCAGCACGAGACCAGUAAUCUGAAGCAGGAGCUGGCCAGUAUCGAGGAGAAGGUGGCUUACCAGGCCUAUGAGCGGGCCAGGGACAUACAGGAGGUCCUCGAGUCGUGCCAGACUCGUGUUUCUAAGCUCGAGCUCCAGCAGCAGCAGCAGCAGACGGUUCAGGUGGAGAACACCGACGCCAAGGUGCUGCUGGGGAAAUGCAUCAACAUCAUGCUGGCUAUCGUCACCGUGAUCUUGGUGUGCGUUUCCACGGCAGCGAAGUUCACCGCCCCGCUGCUGCGGAGCCGCCUCCACCUGGCGCUCACCUGCGUUGGCGUGUCCUUGCUGGCGCUGCUGUGGAAGAACUGGGAACAUUUACAGUGCGCUUUGGAACGAUUGGUCCUGCCGCACUGAUCUGGGACUACAAAAUGAGACCGGAACACGAAAAACAACAGGGGAGGAGUUUACAUGUAGCCUUACACCAGCCCCCUUGUUUCCCCCCGGCGAUUUUAGGCUCCAUGGUGAUUUAUGGCUGUGUGCUUUGCAUGUCUAAAUGGGGUCCACACAAAUCCGCAAAGCCUUUCCCAGAAUGCAUCUCCACAGUGAUUCCAACAAACAAACUCACACGUGUAAGCUGAUAUAAGUUAUCAAAACUUUAACUUAACAACAUGCUGUCUGCAAGAAGGUGCAAACGUACGAACUGCAGUGACGGUGUAUCACUACAGUCCAAAGUAUCGGACCAAUAAGAGACGAAUCGGCUGGAAUUGAUCCGGUGACAGCCAUAUUAUUGGCUUCUGGACUCCCCCUUGCUCUCAUCUGGUCAUCAGAAGAUUCUGGUGGCACCAACAACAGACACUAAAAUCUAAAUAUAGAGGAGAGGGCUUUAAUUGGGGCCUCAAAAUACAGUGAUUAUUUCCUGCCCUUAAAGGGAAGGGUAUCUGAUAUAGCACCACCUCACACCUCUGAACAAGCACUCACUGGCAGUACAUGGCCGGUCGGUCAGUCUCGAACCCGCACAGUACGCCUCCUCGUACACCAGCCAGCUGUGGCAACACAAAGACACAUCCACCUGAAGGUUGAUUUGUACCGUGUGUCUGUACUUAAUUGUUCUGUAUUCAUGUGACGUGUUUCUUGUCUCAUUCAAAAGGAAAUUGUUUUAGACUCUGUGUGUGUGUGUGUGUGUGUGUGUGUGUGUGUUCAUGUACUGUACGCCUGCUUGUGUGUGUUUGUACUUCGUUUCUUAACAGAACAUUUUGUGAAAUACAUUUUGCUUUCUUGGUGAGAAGAUUGACACCAGUCAUGUCUGUAUGCUAAAUAUAAAAAAAAAAAAUAGAGCCAGGUGACAGUUAGCUUAGCUUAGCAUAGAGACUGGAAACCUGUUAAGCUCACUAAUUAACACGUAAAGCCAUGAUCUGUUAUUGGACAAAACCUGGCUAGCUGUUUCCCCCCGUUUCCAGUCUUUGAGCUAAGCUAAGCUAACUAGAUCUCAUUAAGGAAACUUACAAGCAUAUUUCCCAAAAUGUCAAACUAUUCCUUGAAAGGAAAGCUUAUAAACUGCCUCCUGUCUUGUUAAUUUAAUGCUUCUGGGUUUUUUUUUUUUGUCAUGUAAAAUUAGUUGCUGCUCAGAGUUAUUUUGGGAAUAACAUUCGGUGAGUUGACGUGCUUUACUCAGUUCCAAAGACUGUGAGGAAGAUCCUGGGCGAUUAGAUGAAAGCUCUAAAUGCGAGCAUGUUUUUAUGGAAUUUCCUUUUUUUAUUUUUACACGGUGAACAGAACCAACUUGUGUUUUGUGUGAAGCCUUUUUGAAGUCGUGCUGCGUUCAUGCCCGCGGGGGAAUAACCGCGAGGAUGAUGUGUGUACUAACAGUUCAAAGUCUCGACUUGAAAGGAUUCUCACCUGUUGAGGAUCGUCUCAAGCUUCGGAGAGAGAGAGAGAGAACGUGGGUGAUUAAUGCUACUACAUUUCAAUUCCUUAUAAUAAUUUCACACUUUACUCUCGCACAGCUGGGGGAGUGACUCAUUUGAGAGGAUGUCAGGGAAAUUAGCACAGAAAGUCCGUGACUUGGAGGAUGAAGAUUGUUGUCUUUAAAUUGUUUUAAAAACAAAAGCAAGUACGUCAGCUCUUGCACUAAGAUAUUAAAAUGACCGUUCCCCCCCCCAAGCAGCAUUUACCACUUAAAACUAAAGUGGUAAUAUCAAUACCCAUAGCAGCUGUGUUUUUCCCCCUGUGCCAUGAAUGCAGCAUUACAGAUUGGAUAGAGGAAAGUGAACAAUGUAGCUCCAUGUUCCCUAACCCUGUAUCACUGUGAUGAUGAGAGGGAUGAAAUGGGACUGAUGCCUUUUUCAAUGCAGCUUAUCACUUAUACUGUGUGACAUCUGUUUGCGUCCCCUCAAAAGCCAAAUAUAGAGAAUUUUAAGGCACCUCAGCCUUUCUAAGGAACACUGAAAUUACUGUUUUUAUUCUUUUUCUUUUGUUUCAAAUUGGCUCAAACACUAUUUCUCUACUCUUCAGGAGAGACAUGCACCUCCUCUCCGAAGCUGUAUUUGUCAGUACAUAAUGUGUAUUUUCACAUUUCUGUUCUCUCCUAUGUGCUUUAGUUUCUGGUUAUGUUUCCAUAACCUUAUUUUAUUUUUUUCAAAUGAGAAAAUAAAUAUUGGUUUUUCUAAGCA